AUGCACACAGCACUUCCCUACGACUGCUGGAAAGCAAUCGCAGAGCAUCUUCCCCAAGAUGACCUCCCGUCUCUAUCCCUCGUCUCAAAAGACAUUCGCUCAACAGUCGAGCCUCUCCUCUACCGCAAAAUCUCCUGGCCAUGGGACGAGCCAGUUCCCACGCGGCGCAUCCUCCGCUUAUUACGGACGAUCAUGCACCGUCCGGAACUUGCAUCCCAGGUCUAUCAUCUCGGCCUUGUUUCCACCCAGGAAGUCUUCUCCAGCGAGCCAUGGACGCCUCCAGAAUCAGAUAUUGACUGGGACACAGAGCAAGCCGAAUAUAGAGACGUGGUUCGCCUGGCGCAAGGCCUCGUCGAUGAUGCGCUAUUCCCGGACGCGGGAAAGUGGAAGCAGGCCCUCCAAGAGGGGGACCCUCACGCCUUUGCUUCCAUUCUCCUUUCGCGCCUGCAUAACCUUCGUUCUCUGCGACUAGACUACAUGUUUGUCUGGAUGUCUGGAUUUCCUGGCCUGAUGCUGAAGCACGCCUUAUUCCCCACCAAUCUAGCAAGCAGCAGCGCACAAACCCUCCUCCCCGACUUCCAAUUCCUCGAAACAGUGGAUUACGGAAGCAACGCGCGCAUCGCAGAGCGCAUUGAAGAGGAAAUCGAUCUUGACACAGUCGAGGGUUACCCAGACUGCGAGCCCGAGCAGUUCAAAGCAUGGUUCUAUCUCCCCUCGCUCAAGGCCCUUGCGAUCUGGCUGCGCGACGCGCGAGAUAUCGGCAACAAGUCCAACCUCCACCAGUUGCACACGCUCAUUCUCGCAAGAGCCACUAUCAGCGAGCAAGACGUCCCGCAUCUCCUAUCUCAGACGACCCCCGCGCUUCACACCCUCCACCUCGGACUCGCCUACCACUGGGGUCAAGACAUCGCCUUAGCGAACGGCACAGAGCUCCUACGCGGGAUACACUCCUUUGCCCCAUCAAUCACGAACAUUUCCCUGGGCCUCGAAUACUAUCCGCCCACCUUCGGCGAGUACUACCUCGACAACGAGCAAGAAGAAACUCUCCGCGCACCAUUCGAGGGAUUCCUAUUGCAUAUGAAGUCCGCGCGCAAGAUCGAAAGCCCCGUUACGUUACUCGUGGGGUGGGACUCGGCGCGCUCGCUGGAUGAUCUGAGCGCGAUACUGCCCGAGUCUGUGGAGGAGGUCUGUAUUAGGCUGGAUUUUGGGGGCGUCGGGAGCAUGGAUUGGACGGUGGUGUCGCUUCUAGAGUGGGUUGAGCGCCAUUUGGAGGGUUUGGUUUCGAAGUGUCCGAAUGUUAGGGGCAUUGUGUUGCGGGCGUGGGCGCCUCUCAAGGUGGAUUGGUCGGAGGAGAAGAGGGUGGAGAUGGAUGGGUUGGGUGUAUAA